AAGAUCCGACUCAAAAAACAAUUCAUUCACGAAUCGGACGGCUCCAGUUUACUACUCUGCAUUAUGACACUGUUUGUGGGAAUACUGUACGCGCGGAGAACACCAACUCACGAAGCGUUACCUGAACACAGAUUUACGCAGUUAUGCCUUGUAGAUACAUCAGUAUUUCUUUAGUUUCUCGCUUUGCGAAUAACUCUUUUUACUUUAAGGCAACGUUAGCAUAUUAGCCGUCCAGUCCUACAGGUAGCUUCUGUGUCUGACUCUGAAUUGUCGUGUGUUAUUUGCUGUUAUCGAGUAUUACAGGUAUGUUUUGAAGCCUGGGUUUUGAUGGAUAGUGUAACUGUAUCAAUCACAUGGUGGUGAACAGAAACAGUUUAGGCAUUCAGAAGUGCUAGUUAGCCAGCUAGCUGAGUAGACUGAAGUGCUAUGCAUCAACUUGCUCCUGGUCCUCCUCACACCGGAACCUCAGCUUUUGGGCUGCUGACACUGACGGAGAUAUUUAGUUAAUAAAUGAUCCCUGGCACUUGCGUUACAUGGGAAAUCUAAAAUGUCGAGGAUUCUCCUGGGUCUGGUUAUGCUUGGAUGCAAUGUUGCUGUUGAAGAUGUCCAUGCCUUUGACGACCCAAUCACCAGACUUGUGAAUGACAGACAGGGUGAACGAUGUUCGGGGCGAGUGGAGGUGCGUCAUGGGCAUCAGUGGGGCACCGUGUGCCAGCAGGGUUGGGAUCUGGAGGAUGCUGCAGUGGUUUGCCGAGAGCUUAACUGCGGCUUCGUGUUGGACAUUCCGAGUGGCGCUCGUUUCGGGCGGGCCGGCGGAGAGGUGCUGUGGAGGGAUGUGAAAUGCUCGGGCGACGAGUUUGCCCUGGAUCUCUGUGAACGUACCCUCAAUGAUGUGUGUACACACAGUGAGGAUGCUGGAGUGGAGUGUACAGGAAAACUUCCAGCACCCACCUUGUCAAUUCAGUCACGCUUCUAUGCUUACUCGACCGGAGAAGCUGUUCACUUCAAAUGCACUGCCCCAUAUUGGCAGUCUGUCAUUGACUUCCAUCUGUACAAAAGAGGUGUAGACACGCCACUAGUGACCCAGCGAGCCGAUCCCAGACAAAUGAUGGUGGAUCUGACUCUGUCAGACCUGGAAAUCUCCCACCAGGGCAGCUACAGCUGUCUCUACAGGAUACACAGCAAACUAGGAAACUCUGCUUCAGGAAAUUCUCCACACAGCAACUUCAUCAACAUCACAGUCUUAGAGAUUCAUACUCCCCAAAUCUGGUACAACACGUCUCCUGAGGCCCGGCCAGGUUGGGUCACCCGGGGCCACGGUUUCAAUGUCACCUGUUCCACUCAGCCUCAGUAUCCAGGAGGCUCCUUUCAGCUGCGGCUCAUCAGGCCCAACGGGACCGUCCGGCACUCUCUGCCAGCCCUCGCUCCCUCUGUCACAUUCACCUUCUCCAAUGCCCAAUCCAAUAAUGAGGGCUACUACUGCUGUCUCUACAAGGUCCAGACUGGAGAGCGCACAUUUAUCUCAAGAGAGAGUCAACCUUUACCCAUCUCUAUUCGAGAAGUUGAUCCGGUGAUGAGCCCGGUGGUCAUCAGUUUGCUGGUAUCCGGUUUGACGUUUGUGGUGGCAACAUGUGCCAUUCUGAUUGUUGCCAAAGUGUACUGCAAGAGAGCGAGGAAACCCACUGAACUGGAGCGAGAGAGUAGGACCUGUGUUGACAACACUUACAUUGCCUUGACAAUCAAGUAAUUGGAGAUGAAAACAUAGCAACUAGAGGCUUCUCUAAACUGGUCACUUGGUCCAUCUGAGGUUGGUGUUUCAGUGUCAUGUCCAAACCAAAGGGAAGAUCGAAGUUUUAAGAACCACAGAAACCACCCUUUCUUACUGUCUGCCAUUCUCUGUCAGUUACAGAGAAACACAUUUCGAUUGUCAUUGGUUGGAGUUUUUUUCUUUUGGUGUUUUUAUAAGUAAAUAUGUAAAUGCUGAUAUCACUAGACUUGAAGAGGUGAAAUUACAACACAUGCUGUUGCACUAACAAGGUUAAAAAGGGCUUUUUAGUUUUUAGAGGUACCAUGUCUGACCCAUCCUGAGGUCUUCCCAUAUUGUUGCAGGUAAAAGACUGUAAAACUGUGAAAAGUUUGGAGGAAUUUUUUUUUUUUUUUUUCGUUUCUUUGUAUUCUCUGAGGGGCUUUAUAAUUUAAAAUAAUGUAUUUAUUGUUUUUUCUACUACCGUUGUUUUUAAAGAUCUUAUGUGUAUCAUGUCCGUUUAAUCACAGGUGGGAACAGGGACAGACAGCCCUAAGAACAACCUCUAUCACAUUAGGUCACUACAUGAAGUAGUUUUUUGCCUGGUUUGUUCAUAUGUUCUCUUUGAAAAAAAAGUGAGCUUUCUGAACUCAUUAUUCACUAGAUCUUAUGUAAAGCUUAAGCAGACAAAAGUACAAAUCCUCAGACAAAUUUCUAACGUAGUACAGCACAGGAUAUGUCUGUAUUUACAAAUAUAAUGGAACAAUAAUUAAUAAUAGUAAUAAAAGAUUUAGUGUGGAUUAAGCAUUAUAUUAGUGCAUCAUAUAGAUACACCAAGAAAACAGUUGCUAACACUACAGUAGUAUAUACACUCCAUUUGUAACAAGGAAAUACAAAAUGUGAUGUUCUAAAUGUCACAGGUAGAGGCUGACAGAUUUGAAAUGAACUUGUUUAGUUUAAAACAUACAUGUUUUGUACUCUUAAAAAUAAUAUUUGAGCAAAAUAAUAAUAAAAAAAAAAAAAGGUGUGUGACAAAACACUACUGUCACUUACCUGUUACAUUCAUGUCUAGCAGUGUGGAGAACUAAUGGUUGUUCUUUUGUUGCAGUUUUUGGUACAUGUAAUAAAAUUUGUAGACUUAUUUUGCCAUUAAAAACAAAAA